AUGUCUUCUUUUACUUCCUUCAGACCUUGUCUACGCAACGUCUCAAAAUUCCGGCCGCGAGCACAGCAGCUUCUUUUACAAAGAAGGACCUUCGUUACUCCUCCAAACCCUCGUCGUAAACCGAGUGAACGUGAAGCUCCAAAGGGCGUCGUUGCUCCCAAGACAAGAAUUGCAUUCGGAAUAGUCUUUAUUGGAGCGAUGAUAUAUUCAAUGGCGACAGACGAACCUACGAAGCUCGAUGGGCCUACAAUUGCGGAUCGAGACACCCUGGCCAAGCGCCAGGAUGGUGUUACAGAGAACUCACCCAUGCGUUUACGAAUGGAGGAAUUCAUAAAAUCACAACAGAAAGAAAUUGUAAAGGAGUUGGAGGCUGUAGACGGCAAAAAGUUCCAAAUCGAUACAUGGACACGGGAGCAUGGAGGCGGCGGGAUCUCAAGUGUCCUACAAGAUGGCAAUGUUUUUGAAAAGGCCGGUGUGAAUAUCAGUAUCGUCUACGGAACUCUCCCUCGAGCAGCAAUUGAGAAAAUGCGAGUAAACCACAAGGCCAUCGACCCCGAAGUCAACUCGCUGGAGUUCUUCGCGGCAGGGUUAAGCAUGGUUCUUCACCCGAAAAAUCCCAUGGCCCCAACAGUCCACCUGAACUACCGCUACUUCGAGACAGCAAACCCAGACGGAACUCCAAAUGCAUGGUGGUUCGGUGGCGGUACCGAUCUUACACCUAGCUACCUUUUUGACGAAGACGCCAUCCACUUUCACAAGACUAUAAAAGAGGCCUGCGACAAGCACGACAAAUCAUACUAUCCGCGCUUCAAGGAAUGGUGUGACAAGUACUUCUAUAACAAGCACCGCGACGAGUCUCGGGGCAUAGGAGGAAUCUUCUUCGAUGAUCUAGAUGGGCAAGAGAAGGACCAGGAGAAUACUUUCGCAUUUGCGCAGAGCUGUUUGAAGGCUUUCUUGCCAAGUUAUAUCCCGAUCAUUCAGAAGAGGAAGGAUAUGCCGUAUACCGAGAAGGAGAAGGAGUGGCAGCAGAUUAGGCGGGGGAGGUAUGUGGAGUUUAAUUUGGUGCAUGAUAGAGGGACGGCGUUUGGUUUGAAUACACCUAGUGCCAGAGUGGAGAGCAUUCUCAUGAGUUUGCCUUUGACUGCGAGCUGGAGGUACAUGUAUGAGCCUGAAAAGGGAAGCAGGGAGCAGCGGUUGGUGGACACGCUGAGAGAGCCUAGGGAGAAUUCUCAGGCAUCGUAUACACGUGAUGAUCUCUCCUUUCAUAAGGCUUACUUACGGAGUGGAACCGAGUCUCAACAUCAUUCAAUCAUCUCCAUCUCACAAUCCCAAAACCCUCAUCGAACGCUCAUUAUUCAAAACAAUGAUCACCUCCCCACAUCCUCUGAAUCUACACCUGAAAUCCUCACAAUGACAACCCUCCCAGCACCCAGGAUCCUCUUAACCACCCUCUUCAAUACAUUCACCACCCCUCCCCAGGCAACCCAACCAACAACAAACACCCCCUAUUCCGCCUCCUCCUCCACAUCCACAUUCACAUCCACUUCCACCAACCCCCUACACGCCCUCCCGCCCUCUCACCGCGCUCUACUAACGACCCUGCACGUGCUCUUUCCCCCUGGCAUGCUCCUCCAAUCCCUGGACCUCCUAGACCGCGGUCUCGUCACGCGUAUCACGGAACUCCAUCCAAAUCAAAAUCCACAUCCACAUGCAGCACCACAGUCUCAAAAAGCAAUAAUUAUGCCAUCUCAAGCUCCCAUCCACCUACUCCCAGAGCCAGGAGUUCAAGAGAAAGAAGAAACGAGGAAGAACCAGGUAUACCAAGUCCGAUCAUCUCAGCAGCUCUCCCGGUUUAAAGACCACGGUGGGGGUAAAGGACAGGUGUAUAUCGUUAGGCUGCAGGCGUGGUCUUGCACGUGUGCUGCGUUUGCAUUUUCUUCAUUCCCGUCUUCGUUCCUGUCGCAGUCUGCGCCUGGGUUCGGUGUUGAGGGCCAUGGCGAGGGGUUUGAAGGGGAUGGAGAAGGAGAUGGGGGAUGGGAGUUUGGGGGUUUGAGUUUUGAUGGGAUGGGAGGCGGAGGAGGUGGUGGAGGUGGAGGAGUGCCGGUUUGUAAGCAUUUACUUGCUUGUGUGCUUGUGGAACGGUGGGGGGAUGUCUUGGGGGCGUAUUUUAAGGAGAGGGAAGUGGGGAGGGAGGAGAUGGCUGGGUUGGGGGCUGAGUGA